UAUGGAUUUAGAUAACCUGUACAGGUUCAGUCCCAAACCAGUUCCAAACACACCUCUCCACUUCCAAUCCACGCCUUUUGCAAUGGAGUAAAAUCUCGUCUCUUCCCCAUCUCUCUCUAACCUCUCUUUCUCUCUCUAGAAUCUGACCCACAUGAUAUGGGCAGCAGCGACGUCGAAGCGGGCUUCGCGAAGCUCCAAGGCGAGGACUUCGAGUACUACAUGCAGACCUAUUCGAUCAUACUCGGCCGCAACAGCAAGAAAUCCACCGUCGACGUCGACCUCUCCUCCCUCGGCGGCGGCAUGAAUAUCUCGCGCCACCACGCUCGGAUCUUCUACGACUUCCAGCGGCGCCGAUUUGCCCUAGAAGUCCUCGGCAAGAAUGGCUGCUUCGUCGAGGGCGUCCUCCACCUCCCCGGCAACCCUCCGGUCAAGCUCGACUCUCAGGACCUCCUCCAGAUCGGCGACAAGGAGUUUUACUUCCUCCUCCCCGUCAGGAGCAUCCUCGGAGGGCCGAUCGGGCCGCGCCACCACGUGAAUUAUCCGGCAGUGGCGCAUCAUCUGCCGCCGCCGGGGGCGGUGUUUGGGGUGGGGAAGAAGGUAGGUAGGGGUAGGGUUAUGGUGAGCAAUGAGUAUUUUGAGGAUGAGUAUGAGGAUGAGGAAGGUCGUGGUGGUGGUGACGAGGGGAGUUUGGGUGGUGGUGCUAAGAAGAUGAGGAGAGGAGGAGAUGGGCACGAGACGUAUGGGUACAGCACAGCGGGUUCGGGUGGGAAACCGGUGUCGUCAGGACAAUUGGUCCCUGCAGAUAAGAAGUCAGAUGCAAGAUCGAGGAUUGACAGGGAUGCUGACAACCAUCAACUUCUGCAGUUAGAAGAAAAAGAUGUAGUAUCAUCUGUGGCCACUGUGCUCUCUGAUCUUUGUGGUCCAGGAGAAUGGAUGCCAAUGGAGAAACUUCACGCUGAGUUGGUCGAACAAUAUAGUAGUGUCUGGCAUCACAGUCGUGUAAGGAGAUAUCUCACAUCCGAGGAGUAUCCUGGUCCAGAGUCCAAGGGAAAACCAUGGUUUGGAUUGCUUAUGUUGUUAAGAAAGUACCCGGAACACUUUGUCAUCAACACGAGGUCCAAGGGCCGGGUAACACUCGAGUUUGUCUCCCUUGUUUCUCUGCUUUCAUGAGAUCUUGAAACAUGACCAAUAGAUUAACUUGUAAUUCAUUUAGGGUGACAAAAUAGCAGACUGUCGACCCUGAUGUAAUUUUUGUGAAUGUGGUUAGCUUGGAGCUCCGCUUUGAUGCAUAUAAACGGCUUGCAUGAGUCUGAAUCUUUUUUCUAUCAUUUUACUAUAAUCUUUGUGUUGGCACUGAA